AUGCAAAAUAGGAAAACAAUCGCAUUAUCACAAAAUGUGCUCAAAAAUUUGAUAAUUUUAACGUAAAAUACGUUUAAAAUAAAAUUCGAGCUUAAUUUAUCAAUGUGCGUUGUAAAAAGUGUAAAUGUCCCAAUACAAAUUCGAUUUUUCCGGUAUCAAAUUAAUCAAAAUGCCGAACCAGAAGAAGAAGGUCGCCACGAAGACGAAGAAAUCCACGAAAACGAAGAAAUUCGAGAAACCCAAAUUUCAAGAACCUGCUCCAGUUAAACCAAUUAUCGAGCCAAAAUCAAAAACACCCGAAGUCGUCACGCUUUCAGAUUCAGAAGACUCCAAAGAUCCUGUCCUAGUUAUUAACGAUUCUGCAGAUAUUAUUAGCAUAUUAGAGUCUAGCUCUAGCGAAGAUGAAUGUGAAACUGAAAAUCCAUCCGUCGAAGUAAUCACGUUAGAUGACAGCGAUUCGUUCUGUAACAAUAAACCAAAUAUGCCAGCUCCCGACUACAUCCCUAUACCCGAUUACCUCACGAAAAAUCUUUGUGUCAAUCAAAAGAAACGUAAAAAGAAGCAGAUCUCGCCUGAUGCAGGAACAAAGAGACGUAAAAAAAAGCAGCUCAAGAAUGACGAUGUGGUGAUCGUCAGCGAUGGUCGUAAAACGAAAGAAAAAUUUACACCGAUUCUUAAACUUGCUCAGUCAAAUAUACUUGUUGGUGAUAAAAAAACUACUGGGUUGAGGCCCGUAGUUAUCGACGGACCAAAUGUUGCUCACGGAUACGGAAACGGUUGCUUUGAUAUUCAAGGCGUUAUUCUAGUGAUACAAUAUUUUAUUAAGAGAGGUCAUACCGAAAUAACGUGUUUUUUACCAGCUCAUUAUAGACACAGAGGACGAACACCUGAAGAAAGUCACAUUUUAGAAGUCUACGAAAAAGAUGGAAUCAUAUCUUAUACCCCUUCUCGCAAACUUUUCGGGAAAUAUAUUACACCUUAUGAUGAUCGCUUUAUCGUACAAUAUGCUAGCGAAUUAGGAGGUGUCAUUAUUUCUAACGACGGAUACAGAGAUAUAUGCGAAGAAGAGCCAGCUUGGUUGGAAACCGUACAAAACAGACUGAUUAAUUAUACUUUUGUAAAAAAUACUUUUAUGCUUCCGAAAGAUCCUUUAGGACGAAAUGGACCAUCAUUGGAUGAUAUCCUGAAAUUUUCUUGAAGUUUU